GGCGGCGGGCACCGAGUCACCAGGCACAACCGUGGGCUCCGAGUCAACUGGGAUGACCGCAUGGCACUGGGUCAGACAUUGGAUCGUCUGGCUGGACAGCGGGCAUCGGGGUCCACCAGGCAUCAGGUCAUUUGGCUCGACAGCGGGCAUCGCGUCAUCUGGCAAGGCAGUGGGCUCCGAGUCAACUGGUAUGACCGCGGGCACUAGGGUCAGACAUUGGAUCGUCUGGCUGGACAGCGGGCACUGGGUCACCAGGCAUCAGGUCAUUUGGCUCGACAGCGGGCACGCGUCAUCUGGCAAGGGCAGUGGGCUCCGAGUCAACAGGCACGAACAGUGAGCACCGGGUCAUCAGGGUACCGGAUUGUCUGGCACGACAGCGGGCAUCGGGUCACCAGGCAUCAGGUCAUUUGGCUCGACAGCGGGCACCGGAUCAGGUACCGGAUCAUCUGGAUCAACAGCGGCAUCGAGUCAACUGGCCUAAUAGGAUCGUCAGGCUGGAUCAGUUCAUCAUGCUUGGGUAGAGGCAUCAGG